AUGGCCAACAAGAUUGAAUACAAGCAAGUCGACGACAGUGCCGGAGAGGACGAGACCGAGUACCAACAACCGGCGCCACGACCGCGGCGCUGGCUCCCAGCCGUCAUCGGCUUUGUCCUCGGGCUGGCGACCAUGAGCGUGCUCUUCUCCCUCUACUCCGCCCUCGCAGCGUCUUCCCACGCGCGCGCCCGCAUCCUCCCCCAUGCGCGCAACGGCACCGACCCGGCGACCGGUCUGCCGCUGGCGUGGUCGCACGGCGACUGCGGCAACUCGGCCGACGACGCGCGCGCGCGCGGCUGCCGGUACAGCAUCGUGCUGCACGCGUGGCUGCCGGCGUCGUGCCUGACGGCGGCCGACGACGAGGACGCGCGCGACAUGUACCGGGACCGCCGCUGGCCGUUCGCGACGGCCGCGGCGGGGGGAGCCCGCAACAUGACGGUCGGGGAGCUCGGCGCGGGCGACUACGGCUACUUUGACACGACGUUUGACUGGCACGUCACGCACUGCAUGUACGUCUGGAAGCGGCUGCACAGGAUCCUCCUGGAUCCGACGCAGGAGCUGGACACGUACACGGCCAACUACCACCAUACGAGCCACUGCGUCAAGAUGAUUGGCGGACACCCCGAGGGCAUGAAGGACUCGGGUACCAAGAUUUUUGUCAAAUAUCCCAAGUGUGCGAGAUAG